AUGCAUUUUAUAAAACUUCUCUGGUGGAUAAUAAUAACCAGUCUUCUUGGUAAUAUCAUGUACUCGAGCGCUGAUACUCCGAUAAAUGUUCAGACAAGGCGAUGUCUUCGAGCAAGGUCACAGCGUAGGAAGACAAUACAAGAAUGGAAAGCACAAUUCGCCAACGCGCCUAAAUACAAAUUAAAAAACUGGGAUAGUUUAUUUAAGAAGUUUCAUAAUACAGGAUCAAUGAAAAGGUUUCUGAGAGAAAAAAUCGGUCUGAACGGUGUGAAGUUUCAAACCAGUCUUGAACAAAUCUAUAUACCAUCAAAAUGUGAAUAUUUCGAAACAAAAGGCCAGAAAAGACUAUACCAACUAAGACCAUACCAGAUGAGACCAUACCAGAUGAUACCAGACCAGACCAGAAAACCAGACAAGACCAGAAAACCAGACAAAACCAGAAAAUCAGACAAGACCAGAAAACCUAAAAACACCUGGUUUUUCACUAACAAUUACAAUUCUCAACCAGUUCCUUAA